AUGCCAGCACCAAAGUCUCUCAUCCUCGCCGCGCUGGGCUGCGCCGCUUUGGUCUCUGCCCAAGAGCCAACGGACGUCGCAUCCGUGAUCGAGCCAUCGGACUUCAACAUCACCGAGGCACUCCUAGAGCAAGGAGUCGACGUCGCCGAGCUCCCCGGCCUAAGCGACCUCACCAAGCGUUCCGAGCUGGGCUGCUCCAUCGCCUGCAACUCACUCAAGCUCGUCUUCGGAGACGACGCCGUCGAGACCAGGAACGAGGCGUCCUUCGCCAACUUCACCGGCUCGUACUGGUCCUCGAACCAGGCCGAGGUGACGCCGUACUGCAUCGUCAAGCCCUCGAAGCCGGCGCAGGUCUCCAUCGUGGUCCUAUUGUCCCGCCUGACGCAAUGUCCCUUCGCGGCCAAGAGCGGCGGACACGCCGCCAUGGCCGGUGCCUCGAACAUCGAGGGCGGGAUCACGAUUUCGUUCAUGAACAUGAAAGGCGUCGCUCUGUCUGCCGACAAAAUGGUCGCCUCCAUCCAGCCCGGCAACAUCUGGGGCGAGGUCUUUGCGGAGCUCACAAAGUCCGAUGUCACGGUCGUGGGAGGCCGUCUUUAUAACAUCGGUGUCGGAGGACUGACCACCGGAGGCGGAAUCUCUUACUUCUCCAAUCUCUACGGCUGGGCCUGCGACAAUGUCGAGAGCUUCGACGUCGUCAUCGCAAGCGGCGCCAUCGUCCGCGCCACGCCCACCCAGUUCCCGGACCUCUACUGGGCCCUCCGCGGCGGCGGCAACAACUUCGGCCUCGUCGUCAGCUUCAACCUCUGGACCGUCCCGCUCCCGGGCGGUCUGAUGUGGGGCGGCUCCCGCACCUACACCGAGGACAAGUUCCCGGCGGUCUCGAAAGCGUACACCGACAUCCUCGCCGCUUCGGCCUCGGACCCCAAGGCCGGGCUGUACGUGGUGUGGGCGUACGACGGGGGCAACAAGUUCGCGAUCCCGGCGCUGUACUACGCGGAGCCCGACGGCGGCAACGCGACCAUCUGGUCCGGCUUCGACGCGAUCGAGGCCGUCGCCGACACGACCAAGAACAGGGUGCUGCACGAGUGGGGCCGGGAGACGAUGGGGGACAGCCCGCCGGGGCUCCGGGAGGUGUACUACAUGAUCACGACCAGGGCGGACCCGGCGAUCUUCGAGUUCGCGAGGGAUCUGUUCUACGACAACGUGGACAAGGUCGCGGACAUACCCGGGAUGAUUCCCGUCCUCGCGACGCAGGGGAUCACGACACCGCAGAAGGAGAACAUGAGGAAGCACGGCGGCAACCCGCUGGGUCUCGAUGUGGAAGACGGGCCCGUUUAUAUCUUCCAGCUGUGCGCCAUGUGGGACAACAAGGAGGACGACGCGACGGUGUACCGGUUCAUGUCGGACAUCCUGGAGCAGGUGACGGCGGAGGCGAAGGCUCGGGGGGUCGACAACAACUACAUCUACAUGAACUACGCCAGUCAGUUUCAGGAUGUCAUUAGCAGCUACGGCGCCGAGAACAAGGCGAAGCUGAAGAGCAUCUCGGCCAAGUACGACCCGCAGCAGGUUUUCCAGAAGUUGCAGCCGGGGUAUUUCAAGCUGGACCGGGCGCCGGUCCCGGACUCUGGGUACUUUUCAACUGGUGUUUGA